UUUUCCUUUAACCACGAUUCAGAGAAGAAGAGAGGUCUUUUAUUUUGACGACAUUCUUUGGCGGCCAUAUUAGUGAGUUGUUGAUAUCACCGAUUUCACAUCGUUGUAGUUGAGGAAGAGAAUAAUAAUGGCGACAGCUCGGUGAAAGAAGGAAAGGCGCCACUCGUCACUUCAAAGCUGAGAAAGCAAGUCGAAUUGUAUUUUUUUUAAGUCCUUGAUAAUUAUAUCGUACAAUGUCGAACAGAACGGCCUACUUUUACGACCCCGACGUCGGGAAUUUCCAUUAUGGCGCGGGACAUCCCAUGAAACCUCAUCGCCUCUCCCUGACCCACAGUCUCGUUUUGCAUUAUGGAUUGUACAAGAAGAUGAUGGUUUUCAAGCCCUAUAAAGCCUCGCAACAUGACAUGUGUCGAUUCCACUCGGAGGACUACAUCGACUUCCUUCAGAAGGUUAGUCCGAAUAACAUGCAGGGCUUCACAAAGAGUCUUAACACGUUCAAUGUGGGAGACGACUGCCCCGUUUUCCCGGGCCUAUUUGAGUUCUGCUCGCGAUACACGGGCGCCUCCCUCCAGGGGGCCACCCAGCUCAACCAUAAGAUCUGUGACAUCGCCAUAAACUGGGCUGGCGGGCUCCACCACGCCAAGAAGUUCGAGGCUUCGGGUUUCUGUUACGUGAACGACAUAGUGAUCAGCAUCCUCGAGCUUCUGAAGUAUCACCCACGAGUCCUGUACAUUGAUAUUGACAUUCACCACGGCGACGGGGUUCAGGAGGCCUUCUACCUCACGGACCGAGUCAUGACGGUGUCCUUCCACAAAUACGGGAACUACUUCUUCCCCGGGACGGGGGACAUGUACGAGGUGGGGGCGGAGAGCGGGCGCUACUACUGCCUCAACGUGCCGCUCCGCGACGGCAUCGACGACCAGAGCUACCGGCAGCUGUUCCAGCCCGUCAUCAAGCAGGUGGUGGACUUCUAUCAGCCCACCUGCAUCGUGCUGCAGUGCGGGGCCGACUCUCUCGGCUGCGACCGGCUCGGCUGUUUCAACCUGAGCAUCCGGGGCCACGGCGAGUGCGUGGAGUUCGUGAAGAGCUUCAAGAUCCCCCUGCUGGUGCUGGGCGGCGGCGGCUACACGGUGCGCAACGUGGCACGCUGCUGGACCUACGAGACGUCGCUGCUGGUGGACGAGCCCAUCAGCGACGAGCUGCCCUACAGCGAGUACUUCGAGUACUUCGCGCCGGACUUCACCCUGCACCCGGACGUGAGCACCCGGAUCGAGAACCAGAACUCGCGGCAGUACCUGGAGCAGAUCCGGCAGACGGUGUUCGAGAACCUCAAGAUGCUCAACCACGCGCCGAGCGUGCAGAUCCACGACGUGCCGGCCGACCUGCUGAGCUACGAGCGCACGGACGAGGCGGACCAGGACGAGCGCGCGUCCGAGGAGAACUACUCGCGGCCGGAGGCCAGCAGCGAGUUCUACGACGGCGACCAUGACAAUGACAAGGAGAGCGACGUGGAGAUUUAGUGUCCUGCUUGGAAGUCCGCCGCCUGGUGUGACCUCACCAGACCCCCCCCCCCCCCCCCCCCCCCCCGCCCACACAUACAUGGACCUAACCUCACCCCAGCUGACCCCACCACAGGACUCAAUACAGCUGGGAUUAAGACUAACCUUAUGACUGGGAUUAAGACUCCUGGGUUAUGAACUAUGACUGGGAUUAAGACUGGGACUAAGGACUUUAUGACUGGGACUAAGGACCUUAUGACUGGAAUUAAGACUAAUCCUAUGACUGAGACUAAGACUAUGACUGGGACUAAGACUAACCUUAUGACUGGGAUUAAGACUCCGGGGUUAUGAACUAUGACUGGGAUUAAGACUGGGACUAAGGACCUUAUGACUGGGACUAAGACUAACCCUAUGACUGAGACUAAGACUAAGACUGGGAC